CUGACACAUUGAGCCCAGGCUGCUGAGUAUUGUCCUAAAAGCAGAAAGAGAGAGGGUGGGGGUGAAAGGAGGAGAGAGAAAGAGAGAGGGAGGAAAAAAAAAAUCACUCACUCAAUCACAUGACUUGACAGGAUUUGUAACCAGUGCUUUUUGUGCCACAAAGAAUUUUAAAUACACACACUAAAGCCCCACCAAAAGGAAAGGAGCUAAGAUGGGACAAUAAGGAAGCCUUGCAAGAAAUGGAAGCUGAGGUUUGGUAGAAGCUGAUGUCAGUGGCAUAAGAAAUCUCCCUCCUCUUCGUAGGGCAAGUGGAAUUUCCAAGUCUUAGUUUCCUCCAUAUAUAUUGUUUAUAAAGUAUGCUGGGAUCCGCCAAGAUGAAAAGUGCAAUAGAAAUGCUGCUGUGAGGAAAGGAGGCAGGCUGCAGCUGGGCAGGAGGAUAAAAGCAUUUGAGGAGGGCUAUCGAGGGGUCGCUCUGGUGCUGAACAGCAUGCAGUCCUUUCGGGAGCAAAGCAGUUACCACGGAAAUCAGCAGAGCUACCCACAGGAAGUUCACGGAGCAUCCAGGCUAGAAGAAUUUAGCUCCCGCCAGCAGGCCCAGAUGUUCCAGAGUUUUGGAGGAGGUGCUGGCAGCGGGCGCCGGGGAGCAACAGGAGCAUCUGCAGCAAUGGCUGGUGAGAGCUCUGGGCAUCAGAGCUAUCAAGGUUUCAGAAAAGAAGGAGGAGAGUUUUACUACAUGGCCUCCAACAUGGACACAGUGGCUGCAGGUGGGCAGCAGCCACCUCAGCGCAGGCCAUCUGGACCAGUGCAAAGCUAUGGGCCACCCCAAGGAAGCAACUUUGGGAGCCAGUAUGGGAGCGAGGGACAUGUGAGCCAGUUCCAAACACAGCAUUCAGGCCUUGGGGGUGUAUCUCACUAUCAGCAGGAUUAUACUGGCCCUUUUUCUCCAGGGAGUGCCCAGUAUCAGCAGCAGGCUUCCAGCCAGCAGCAGCAGGUGCAGCAGCUAAGACAGCAGCUCUAUCAAUCCCAUCAGCCUUUACCACAGGCAUCCAGCCAGCCUGCGUCUAGCACCUCCCACUUGCAGCCAAUGCAGCGUCCAUCUGCCCUGCCUUCCUCUGCUUCUGGGUACCAGUUACGAGUGGGUCAGUUCAGCCAACACUAUCAACCCCCUGCUUCUUCCUCUUCCUCCUUCCCCUCUCCACAGCGUUUUGGGCAGUCUGGUCAGAACUAUGAUGGCAGUUACAGUGUGAAUUCUGGUUCACAGUAUGAAAGCCAUGCUGUAGGUUCUAAUUCACAGGGAUAUGGGACUCAAUCUAAUUACAGCUUUCAAGCUCAGCCAAUGAAAAGUUUUGAACAGUCUAAGAUGCCCCAAGGUGGGCAGCAGGGGCAGCAGCAACAGCACCCCUCACAGCAUGUAAUGCAGUACUCAAAUGCUACCACCAAGCUAUCUCUUCAGAGUCAAGUGGGACAGUACAGCCAAGCUGAAGUCCCUGUGAGAUCACCCAUGCAGUUUCAUCAGAACUUCAGUCCUAUAUCCAACCCAUCUCCAGCUGCCUCGGUGGUCCAGUCUCCAAGCUGCAGCUCUACCCCUUCUCCCCUCAUGCCAGGUGGGGAAAACCUUCAAUGUGGGCAAGGCAAUAUGUCGAUAGGCUCUAGAAAUCGAAUUUUACAGAUGAUGCCUCAGCUUAGCCCAACACCAUCCAUGUUGCCAAGCCCCAAUGCUCAUGGUGGAGGAUUCAAGGGAUUUGGGCUGGAAGGACUUCAGGAAAAAAGACUUACAGAUCCAGGGCUGAGCAGCCUAAGUGCUUUAAGCUCUCAAGUGGCCAAUCUUCCUAACACAGUCCAGCACAUGUUACUUUCAGAUGCGUUGGCACCUCAGAAAAAAAAUUCCAAAAGGUCAUCAUCGUCUAAAAAAGCUGACAGUUGUACCAACUCAGAAGGCUCCUCCCAGGCAGAAGAACAGCUUAAGUCUCCCCUGGCAGAGUCCAUCGAUGGUGGCUGCUCUAGCAGUUCAGAGGACCAUGGAGAGCGGGUGAGACAGCUGAGUGGCCAGAGCACUAGCUCUGACACUACCUACAAUCGGAGUAACUUGGAGCGAUCCAAUUCAUCACCAGCACAAGGUUCUCAGAAUGAGCCAGCAAAACUCAGUACCAGCCCUACAGUUAGGGAAGACGUGGCCUCCCCAGCUGAAAAGGAAAUCUCAAUAGCAGUGGAGGUCACCCCAAAAGUGAAUGAAAAGACAGUUGGGGUGAUAGUUUCUCGGGAGGCCAUGACAGGCAGAGUAGAAAAAUCAGGCGGGCAGGAUAAACCCUCACAAGAUGAUGCUCCCCCAGCCACCCAAGCACCUCCUGGUGCCAGUGGAAUGAAAGAAACUGGACAGGUGUUACCACAGUCAGAGCCUCAAGCAGGAAGCAAAGGGAGUAAGAGUGGGGAUAACAAUACAAACCACAAUGGAGAGGGAAACAGCCAGCCUGGCCAUACAGUCAUUGGCCCAAAUUUUUCUGGCAGAACAGAAUCUUCCAAAUCAUCUGGCAGUUUGAGGUACAGCUAUAAGGACAAUCUUGGGGCUGGCAUACAGAGAAAUAUUGGUGGCUUUCCUCAGUAUCCAUCAAGUCAAGAAAAGGGGGAUUUUCCGGGGCAUAGUGAGCGAAAAGGCAGGAAUGAGAAGUUUCCCAGUCUUCUACAGGAGGUCUUACAGGGUUAUCACCACCACCCAGACAGAAGAUAUGCUAGGAAUGCACAAGAACAUCCAGGCAUGGCAGGAAGCCUGGAAGGAGCCAUGAGGCCCAACAUUCUAAUUAGUCAAACCAAUGAAUUAACAAAUAGGAGCCUUCUAAAUAAAAGCUUAGGGUCUCUCUUGGAAAGCCCUCACUGGGGCCCCUGGGAUAGAAAAUCAAGUGGUACAGCUCCUGAGAUGAAACAGAUCAAUCUGGCGGACUAUCCAAUCCCUAGAAAGUUUGAGAUCGAAUCACAGUCUUCAGCUCACGAAGGAGGAACACUCUCAGAGAGAAGAUCAGUGAUCUGUGACAUAUCUCCAUUAAGGCAACUUGUCAGAGAUCCUGGGCCUCACCCAAUGGGUCACAUAAGCAUUGAGGCCAGAAGUGGGCGGAGUGAACGUCUCACUCCUGGUUUAGGCCAAUCAGUCAUCCUCCCUGGUGGCCUGGUGUCCAUGGAAACAAAACUGAAGUCUCAUAGUGGGCAAAUAAAAGAGGAAGAUUUUGAACAAUCCAAGAUCUCAGCCAGUCUCAACAAUAAAAAAUCAGGAGACCAUUGUCAUCCUGCCAAUGUGAAGCAUGAAUCUUUCCGAACCAAUGCCAGCCCUGGGGCUGCAGCUCCUGAUUCUACCCCAGACUAUGUCUCCCAGCAAGACAGCAGAUCAACACAGUUAAAACGAGCACCUGGAAGAAUGGGAAGCAGCAGAGAGGGGAUGAGGGGCAAAUCACCUUCUCAAUACCAGGAUCUGGCUGACAAACUGAAGAUGUCACCAGGCAGGAGCAGAGGUCCAGGAACAGACCUUCACCACAUGAACCCACAUAUGACACUGUCUGAGAGAGUCAGCAGGGGUUCUUUGCAUUCUCCCUUUCCCCAGAAUUCUGAAGGCUCAUCUUUGGCUUCAGCAUAUCACACCAACACAAGGUCUCAUGUUUUUGGAGACCCUAACCAAAGUUUGAAUUCCCAGUAUCAUUACAAAAGGCAGAUAUACCAUCAGCAGCAAGACGAAUACAAAGAUUGGUGCAGCAGUUCUGCACAGGGUGUGAUUGCUGCAGCUCAGCACAGGCAGGAAGGGACAAAGAAGAGUCCAAGACAACAGCAGUUUCUUGAUAGAGUAAGAAGUCCCUUGAAAAAUGACAAGGAAGCAAUGAUGUACAUCCAGGCUAGCUCUUACCAUGAUACUGGAAACCAAGAUGCUGGGCGCUGCCUCAUGGGGAGUGAUGGUACUCAAAACAAAUGUACUGACUUAAAACAUGUUGGCCAGAAGAUGCAGCAUCAAGAAUCUGGUUGGGAUCUCUCCCGGCAGAUCUCUCCUGCCAAGAACAGUGGCCCUCUAGGAGCAACCAAUCAGAAAAGGUUUUGCUCUCAAGAUAGCGAUGGGCAUAGGCGGGAGGAAUCUACAGAUUUGCCCAAACCUAGUAAUGCAAUGCUGAGGCUCCCUGGCCAAGAAGACCAGUCUCCUCAAAAUCCCUUAAUUAUGAGGAGGCGGGUCCGUUCUUUCAUUUCUCCAAUUCCCAGCAAAAGACAGUCACAGGAUAUGAAGAACAGUAGCACAGAAGAUAAAGGGCGACUACAUCCCACCUCAAAGGAAGCAGCUGACAAAGCAUUCAACUCCUAUGCUCACUCAUCUCUAAGCCAAGAUGGUGGCAAGCCACUCCCAAAGGGAGAUUCCUCCAAGGAUCUCCAAAGUCCUGACAACAGGAAUUGUCCUGCUGUUUCCCUCACAAGCCCUGCUAAGACCAAAAUACUGCCCCCACGGAAGGGGCGGGGAUUAAAACUGGAAGCAAUUGUUCAAAAGAUUACCUCCCCCAACAUCAGGAGAAGCGUUUCCUCCAACAGUGCUGACACUGGUGCAGAUGCAGUCACCCUUGAUGACAUCCUGUCCCUCAAAUGUGGACCACCUGAAGGUGGGAGUUUGGCAAGUCAUGGACCAGACACAGAGAAAAGAAAAGGAGAGGCUGUGUCUGAUCCAGUGGGGCAAGUAAGCCAGGAAUUGACUAGUGAAACAUCUCUGCCACGAUCUGUAGAAGAAUGGCACAGCAGUGGGGAUGACAAAAUCAAGAAGGAGACACCAGAAGUUGCUAGUGUCAGUAAAGAGGGAUCUGGGGCCAAUGUGGCCAUACAACCUUCACACAAGUCUGGUAGUCAAGGGCGAUCAGAUGGAUCCUUAACUGGGACUGGAACUUUGAUGUUUCCUGACUCAAAAACAGUUUCUCCUUCCAGUGUGUUGACUUCUGAACCAAACCUAAAGUCUGAAGAAAAAGAUAGAGAUGUGACAAAUAUUUCACCUAAGCCAGAUGGCUUCCCUCCAAAGGGAUACUUCCCCUCUGGAAAGAAAAAGGGGAGGCCUAUUGGUAGUGUAAAUAAGCAGAAGAAGCAGCAGCAGCAGCCGCAGCCGCAGCCGCCACCUCCACCACCAGUGCCACUACCAACACAGCCAUCAGAAGGGACAAGAGGUGGAGAGCCAAAACCUAAGAGACAAAGGAGGGAGAGGAGGAAACCUGCAGCACAACCACGAAAGCGGAAAACUAGACGGGCUGCUCCAAUUGUGGAACCUCAAGAACCAGAGAUAAAGCUGAAGUAUGCCACCCAGUCUCUGGAUAAAACUGACACCAAGAACAAGUCUUUUUUCCCAUACAUUCAUGUGAUAAACAAGUGUGAGAUAGGUGCUGUGUGCACAAUCAUCAAUGCAGAGGAAGAAGAGCAGAACAAGUUGGUGAGGGGCCGAAAGGGACAAAGGUCACUGACACCCCCUCCUAGCAACACUGAGAGCAAAGUUCUGCCCACCUCAUCUUUCAUGCUGCAGGGUCCUGUGAUAACGGAGUCUUCUGUCUUGGGGCAUCUGGUUUGCUGCCUGUGUGGUAAGUGGGCCAGUUAUCGCAACAUGGGAGACCUCUUUGGGCCUUUUUAUCCCCAGGAUUAUGCAGCUACACUGCCCAAAAACCCGCCUCCCAAGAGGGCCUCAGAAAUGCAAAGCAAGGUCAAGGUACGACACAAAAGUGCUUCUAAUGGCUCCAAGACUGAUACAGAAGAGGAAGAAGAACAGCAACAACAGAAAGAACAAAGAAGCCUGGCUGCCCACCCCCGUUUUAAGAGGCGGCAUCGCUCUGAGGACUGUGGGGGGGCCCCUCGGUCACUUUCAAGAGGAGCUGCUUGUAAGAAAGCAACCACUGAGGGUGGCAGUGGCAAUGAAAAGACUCUCUCAGACUUAAAAACCCCCAUGCCCACUUCAGAAGGUGGCCCUGAGCUGGAGUUACAAAUUCCUGAACUACCUCUUGACAGCAAUGAAUUUUGGGUCCACGAGGGUUGUAUUCUCUGGGCCAAUGGAAUCUACCUGGUCUGUGGCAGGCUUUAUGGGCUGCAGGAAGCUGUGGAAAUAGCAAGAGAGAUGAAAUGUUCUCACUGCCAGGAGCCAGGAGCCACCUUAGGCUGCUACAACAAAGGUUGCUCCUUCCGAUACCAUUACCCGUGUGCCAUCGAUGCAGAUUGUUUACUAAACGAAGAGAAUUUCUCAGUGAGGUGCCCCAAGCACAAGCCCCUCCUUCCUUGCUCUCUUCCCUCCUUGCAGAACAAGAUGGUGAAAGGCAGUCUCAGCACAGAGCAGUCGGAACGGGGGUGAGGGGGGAAGUGUGCUCCUGGGAAUGGAAAUAAAAGCAAGCACAGGUUAGGCUGUUGAGAUAAAAAGCGGUGGACUUUCAUGAUUGAAUGAAAUCUCUCCCACUGUGCAGCCCUGCCCCCUGUUGAUGUGCCUGCCAAUGCCAGCACUUCCUUCAUAAAUUCUUACAUCACACUCAAGAUCGAUAACAUCACAGAAUAUGACCAAGGAGUCUGAACCAGCUGUUUCCAUGGACACAAACUCCAUAGUGACAAUGGGGAGGGGAGGGAAAAAGAGGAAACAGUGGGGGGAAUUAAAGAGGGAGGGGUAAAAUUAUAUAUAUAUAUAUAAAGAUCUAUUUUUUAGUCUUGGAAGACUUUGUUUUAAAUGAAAGGUGCACUAUCCCUUUUUAUGCAUUUGAUUCAAUAUUAAAACCACAAAGUCACAAUUUCUUCUAAAUACAGUAAAUGUUAAGUCCAGAAUCCAAAUGAGGCUUCUGAACUAGUUCCCUUUCUGUUGAAAAGGAAGUGGAAUUAUGUGCUCCAUUAAUUAGAUUUGUCUCCCUCCUCUUCCCCUCCAACUCCCUGAAGAAGAACUCAAUUUUUAAAGAAAAUAAAACAAAAAAUCCUUUUUUGUUACAAAACUGUCUGUGGGGUGGGAAGGAGGGAUUGGGUGGCUGCAGGCAAUGAGUUUUCGUAUGUGUAUGUGUAGGGAGUGAGUUUACAAUAUUUUAUUUUCAAGAAACACUAUUUAUUGUUAAUCAAAAUAGAAGCUUGAAAACAUCUGACUCCUAGGUCAUGCGACUUUUGAAGUAAAAAGUAGCUGCUGCUAGCCAAAUAUACACAGCCCUUAUAGAGGUGAAAUUAGUCUGCACCCAUUGGUGGGUGGGGAGAGGGUGUUUCUGCCAUUCCUGGCAAUGAUGUACACCCCUAAAUCAUUCCAAGAAGGCUGCCAUCUAUUUUGAAAGCCUGCUGGAGGAAGAUGUUCGUUUGUCUGCCAGGAUGGGAAGUUGAACAGGAAGUCUGAAUGUUGAUGGAAUCAAUGUGUGUCUAAAUUGUCCAGGAAAGUUCAGUUAAUCCAUUUUCAGUGUGUGGGUGGGUUGUUUUGGGUUUUGUGGGUUUUUCCCCCAAACGAAGGGAGAAUGUCAAUUUAAUAACCUAUACCAUAUGGUUAUUUUUUUGUAAAUUGUGUAAUUUUUAAGCGUUUGAGGUUUUUUUAAAAAAAACAAACAAAUUUUCUCUUGUUAAGGCCUUAAGAAGGGGUUAGUGCAUCUUUCAGGGGUCACUCUGCCAUGGGAAUAAAAUAGCUGUUUCACAAACAGUUUUAUAUAAAAAAAGCUUAAAAAACAAAACAAAAAACUAAUAAACUUCAUUUUAACCUUG